CUCGCGCGGAGAACCCUUGUGCCUUUUUCUCUGUCCGACACUACAAUGCGCCAUUGAGAGCGGAGGAAGUCUUGAACAUUUCCUGGUCAUUGUGAAGAUUGUUGACCGGCCACCAUGCUGCCCAGGGCCGCCCGAUCGCCGUGCUGGCGUGUCCCGGGGCGCUUCGUAUACCAGCGCCGAUUUGUCACGCGCCCAACCUCAUGGACCUCUGCCUUGUACGGAGUGCAACUCAGAGCCAUCUCGACAUCCAGCGAAUCCAACAGGAAACAAGUGUCUGCGAGCACACCUCCCGCCUCGGAGAACCCUACCAGCCCAACUGCGGUACAACCGGGAGCAGCGAAUGCGACUCGGGCUUCCACGACAGCCCCCGAGAACCAGAAUGCCACCACUACUCCCAAGAAGAAGGACUUGCUUAGCGAGGCCACGCUAGCGACCAAGGAACAAAGGAAAGCGGACUGGGCGAUCAUGAGGGAGAUGGCAAAGUAUCUUUGGCCAAAGGACGAUUGGGGAACAAAGCUUCGGGUUGGGAGCGCCCUAUCUCUACUUAUCGGGGCCAAGAUCUUGAACGUUGAGGUACCCUUCUACUUCAAAAGCAUUGUCGACUCGAUGAAUGUGGAUUUCGCGACUGUAGGCGGUACAGCCUAUACAGUUGCGGGCUCGAUGAUUAUCGCCUACGGUGUCACGAGAAUCGGUGCCACUGUGUUCCAGGAACUCAGGAAUGCGGUCUUCGCCAGUGUUGCCCAAAAAGCGAUCCGCAAGGUCGCGCGAAACGUCUUUGAACACCUCCUACGCCUUGAUUUGAACUUUCACCUCACGCGCCAAACCGGAGGAUUGACGCGGGCAAUUGACCGUGGUACCAAGGGUAUCAGCUUCUUGCUGACUUCCAUGGUGUUCCACGUCGUCCCUACCGCGCUGGAAAUCUCCCUCGUGUGCGGGAUUCUGACUUAUCAGUAUGGCUUCAAAUUCGCGGCGAUCACGGCUACUACCAUGCUCGCAUAUUCGGCCUUUACCAUUACCACCACCGCCUGGAGAACCAAAUUUCGUAAGCAGGCCAACGCCGCCGAUAAUCGUGGUGCCACCGUUGCUGUGGACUCCCUGAUCAACUACGAGGCCGUCAAGUACUUCAACAACGAGAGAUUCGAGGUUGCUCGCUACGACAAGGCGCUUAAGAAUUACGAGGAUGCUUCGAUCAAAGUCACCACCUCCCUUGCAUUCCUCAACUCUGGGCAGAACAUGAUAUUCUCCAGCGCCCUGGCGGCAAUGAUGUAUCUCGCGGCCGACGGCGUGGCCACUGGCACUCUGACCGUUGGUGACCUGGUUAUGGUUAACCAGCUUGUCUUCCAGCUCUCCGUCCCUCUGAACUUCCUCGGAUCCGUGUACCGCGAGCUUCGCCAGUCACUGUUGGACAUGGAAACGUUGUUCAAUCUACAAAAAGUCAAUGUGAACAUCAUUGAGCGCCCCAACGCGAAGCCCCUGGUGCUGAACCAAGGGGGUGAGAUCCGGUUCGAGAACGUCACCUUCGGCUACCACCCAGAGCGGCCGAUCCUCAAGAACGCAAGUUUUACGAUCCCUGCCGGUCAGAAAUUCGCGGUCGUCGGGCCCAGUGGUUGCGGCAAAUCAACCAUUCUGCGCCUGCUGUUCCGCUUCUACGAUGUCCAGGAGGGCCGGAUCCUCAUCGAUGGGCAAGACAUCCGUGACGUGACGCUCGAGAGUCUGCGCAAGGCCAUCGGUGUGGUGCCCCAGGAUACUCCCUUGUUCAACGACACGAUCGAACAUAAUAUCCGGUAUGGGCAGAUCGACGCGACCGAUGAAGACGUCCGCAAGGCUGCCCGACGCGCCCACAUCCACGAACUGAUUGAGAAGCUACCCGAUGGAUACCAAACGGCUGUCGGAGAGCGGGGGAUGAUGAUCUCCGGUGGUGAGAAGCAGCGACUGGCCGUCUCGCGAUUAAUCCUGAAGGAUCCCGAGCUUCUCUUCUUUGACGAGGCGACCUCUGCAUUGGACACCUACACGGAGAAGGCACUGUUGCAAAACAUCAACAGUAUUCUCAAGGAGAAGCGCCGCACGAGCGUCUUCGUGGCCCACCGAUUGCGGACGAUCUACGACUGCGACCAGAUCCUGGUGCUGAAGGAGGGCCGUGUGGUGGAGAUAGGUUCGCACCGCGAACUUCUGGAACAGAAUGGCAUCUAUUCUGAACUGUGGAACACACAAGAAAUGUCUCUCACGGAAGAGCAGGGAUCGGAAAGCGUAGAAGAGGAGGAAGUGGAGCAAGACGCUGGCCCGUCCUCCCCCCAGCGACAGAAGUGAGCUCG